ACUACAAGUCUAGAAUGAAUACGAGGAAAAUCACAUCAACAAAAACUAUAAAAAAACAACAACAUAUCUUCAGCAUGAGCUGGUAGGGUCGAACAGGCAUAUCAGCCUAGAAACACCUGGACCAGCUCAUGAAUAUUGCGAACAUUCUCCUUAAUUCUCGGCAGCCAUUCUACCCACACAUAUCCUUGUCUCGUCAAGGGACGGGAAAAGUGGGUGGCACUGUCCAUAGAGCUCGUCAAGAGCCGCCUUACGGCACAUGGGUGUAUUGCUUUGAAAUUUCCGAACCGUUUGUUCAAAUCUUCCCUUUGGAGUGGUCGCAUUUGCAAGUAUGCACACGUGCAUCGUCUGUCUUUUCCGCAUCGGGAACGGGAUACAUGUUGGGAGGCUCUUUGAAAUUUUCCGCACUUUGUCUAUUACGUUGUAAUUCUCCUUUAUCCUUUUCACUGUUACCCAUUUUGGCUCUCUUCGUCUGGCGCCGCCCCGCCGUCAAUAUUGCGCUCGGAGCGGUUGAUGGGCCACGGCACGUUCCAGUGUGCCAACUGUUGCAUAUUGGUGGAACAGGGAGGGAACAUGACGUUAUCCGUAGCCUUUGCGCAACCAAAAAGCCAGCGUUCACGCGGAAGAAGAAGCUGUUGUAGUUGGUUUGCAAACCGCAUGCUCACACAUUCACACACACACCUCACAAAAUCGAUUUGACUUGACGACUUUUG